AGAACCCAGAUGUUUGUAAGCGUUUCGCUGCUCGCAAUCGCUCGUUAUUGCGUUCCGCGUUACACGUUGACGGAACCGAAAGAAUUAUGCGUGUGACGAGGAGGCUGUAUGCUUGUCGUAGGUGAAAAGCAGGAAGGUAUAGCGCUACGGAGUUCAGCGACGACGUUCCCCGGAUUCCCCAGGAUCGUCGAAUUGUGCCAUGAGACAUCGCUCCUCGGUGCUGAGGAAGGAGAGCAGCGUUUACCUCGCACUCCCGUGUUGACGAGUUUCCCUUCGGACAAGAUAACCUCGUGAAGGAGGACGGUUUCUUGCUUCGCAACCUUGUGAUUCUUAUAUCCUCGAGUAAGAUGUCGCUGAUCGAAGGAGUGGGCGACGAAGUCACAGAUUUUUUCAUCAUUAUGACCAUACUGUUGGUGGGAUGGUUUGCUUGGUGCUCGACAAGUAUAACAGAUCAGCCACUGAUACGUACAGUACUUAUACUGCGCGACCGAGCGCCAGCGCGUAUCACGUCGAUAAGAGCUAAUCAGCAAAGCGCAAGUAAUCUUACUGUCCAAGAUGUUGAUCGGCCACCCAGUUCAGAGACACCAGAAGAAGAAACACCACCGGAGACAUCAAAUAAUAGCGAUGAUGUUCAAUCCAGCUGUCCAAAUACAGCUACCAUAGAUACGAACGAAUCAUCUCAAGAAAUCUCGAGACCAACAGAAUCUACGACAACAGAAGAAGUACUUAUCGAAGCUAUGGAUUCGUUCAGCAAUACUGAUCAAUCGCUGUCAGAAAAAACUGUUAAAGCAAAUAAUUCUGACUCGUCGUUGGACCAAACUACUAGUAGCUCGUCAGAACCUGCAUUAGAAGAGUCAACUGUAAACAAUAGCAGCAAUGACAUUACUAUAAAGCUGAAGUUCAUAAAUGAUGAUCAGAAAAUAGUUACAGGAAGUCUUAAAGAAACGUUGGGUGAUUUUAAAAGGAGACACUUCCAAAUGGAAAUGGAAGCACGUAAAGCGGUGCGGUUAGUAUUCAAUGGUCGCGUGUUGCAGCCCGACACUCAGACCCUUGAACAGUGCGGUUUGUUCAACGAUUGCGUGGUCCACUGUUGGGUGCAGCAACGGCGCCCAACCGCCGUUAUGUCGUCCACGCUGGACAACUCGUCAUCUAUUUAUUUCAAUUCACAACCGUUCCCAGAUCUGCCCACCGGCACGGGGAUAAGUUCGAUACACAACGAGUGGGAUUUGAGUCGAAUUCUAGUAAGCAUUCUGACGCUCAUCCUAGGUCUCGCGUGGUAUUCACGAUAUCAUUACGCUCAACUCUUCACUGCGACGACCACAAUCGCGCUCUACACACUGACCGCGAUUUUCGCUGUAUCUCUAUUUAGUAACUUUUUUCCGGAUCAAGAUAACAUUCGGAACGUGGAAUGAUAUGACAACAACGACGACGGCGACGAUUACUAAGACUAUUAAGACUUUACUAAGUUAUAAUUUGAAUAAAAGCACUUUAAAUAUAACUCGGUACAAUAUAGAUUUUACUGUAUCAUGUAUACUACAGAUUUAACGGAAUCAAUCAAACGGUAAUCUUCGUCGUCGAACAUCCACUUUUAAUGUAACACUCUCGAGGUCGGGCUUAUCGUUGGUAAUAACGAGUUCACUGAACUUUGUAAUUUUCUUAAUUUCGAAGAUAAAAAACACUAAUUAUGGGAUAAUGUGAUGCAUACAUUUCUAUUUGUAUAUAUAUUUUUCUCGAAUUAUAAUUAAACUCGUUACAGAGAGCGUAUUAAGUCAUUGUAUAAAUUCUAGUGAGAGAUUUCUUGCAGAAAAUUUGAAGAGAACUUUAUAAUGACGACAGCUGAUCUGUCUGUCUUUUGAACAUAUUGUAUCAUACGUAUAUUUUAAACUGAAAUGUAUAAUGCAUAUGUUAUAGAUAAUAUAUCUAAAGUAUACAGAAUGUCCCCCGUUGAAUUUAAAAUAAUCUAAUGAGUUAAAGCAAUCACGCUCGAAUGCUAUAUUGAGGAUGUAAUAUCUUCUAAAUAGUAAAUGAUUAAAAGUUGAUUGGUUGACUCCUAAAUAGUAAAAAGUGAAAAGUUGAUAAUAGUAAAAGGUUGACAACCUCUCAUUUUGCUCUGAAGAAUGUAACAAUGACCCGGUUAGCCGUUUGACAUCGUUGCUACAUUCCUCAGAAAUAGUAACUCAUGAAUUCUAAAAACGUAUAACUUAAACAUUUAUUAUUUAAAAACUAUUGCGUUAUUCGUUCAAGCGUAAUGAUCUUUAUCUCGUCCACUGCUCCUCAUUAAAUUCUUUUAAACUUGAUGGAAGAUUCUGCAUUUACAUUACAAGGUAAUUGGGAAAUAUUCUGUACAAUAAAACAAGUUUGUGUGAAAGUACAAUUUUCUUUGCAAGAUGUAUGUAAUUCUGUAAAGUUAACUUUCGGUGAGGAAAUGAAAAACAAUAGAUUAAUAGUUUAUUUCUCCCAUUUCUCUGAUUUUUUAAUGCAUUAUAUUGUUGGUGCUGUGUGCCUCGUAAACGUUUUGAUUCGUCGAAUUUAAUAAAAUUAUUUUAUGUGCGUUUUUAACACGUUGGCUAUCACGUUAUUUAUAUACGAAUAUUGGUGGAAAAUUUCACGAAAAACUUCUACGAAACCAAGUAUGUUUUCUUUUGUAAUUUAUUUUUUUUUUUAUCUAAUAAAAUAUUAUUCGAUAACGAAGUUUCUUUGUCAUUAUUUAAAUGAUCAAGCUCUCAAAAAUAAGGUCAUUUGUAUAUCAACGACGCGUAUCAAUUGCGCGCAUGUGACAGUCAACGUGUUAAAUAUCAUAGAAAUGUGCGGAAUUAUGUCUAAUAAUGCGUGAAUUGCAGUUACCAUUAGUAUAAAGCGAAUUUAUUUAAAUGGAAUUUGUACUAAAAGAAACAACUACCCCCGCGAUCUCUUAUUUAAACAUCGCAAUCUGGAAACGAUGUCUACUUACGUUAUACUUAUUUGUACAUGAGAAAUAAUUGCAUAGUGUAUUAAUAAAAUCAGUCUUUAUUUAAAAAAACA